GAGCUGCACUAGCCGUCCGAUCGAUCGAUCGAUCAUUCGAAACGCUACGCAAUGUUUCGGUCCGGUAUCGUUACAGCCAGGAUCGUCGUCCUGCUGGGAUGGAUUACAUUGCUGUUAAAUCACGUACUACCGGCAGCAUCGUUCGAGUGCGGCAAGAACACGGCUAACGAGGAAAACCGGCUUAAAAGCUCACUUCUCUGCAAUGGCUACCGUGUUGAUACGCGCCCAAGAAAGGAUAACACCCAGUCGGUCAACAUUUCCGUCGCUUACUUCGUGCUAACGUAUGAAUUUGAGGAAGCGGAUGACCUGAUGAAAGUGGGCGUGUGGAUGGAGUUGCAAUGGACGGACGAAUUUCUGAGCUGGAACAGCACGCAAUGGAGUGGCAUAGAGCGUGUGGCGAUCAAUUCGGAUGAAAUUUGGCUACCAGACUUUCGGCACUAUUCAUCGUACUACAAUCCUGAGGAGCUGCCCGACUGUGCCAACCCAAAGUGUUCCGUCGCGUCGAAUGGAACGGUGACCUGCCUGCCCGUGUGUAGCAUGAACGCUAAAUGUGAUGCCGACUAUUCGCGCUGGCCGUUCGACUUGCAUCGGUGCAACAUGUGGUACGGGACGUGGGCCAACUCGAUGGACGAGGUGGACAUACACAUAGUGGACGUGUGUCUCGCUAGAAAUUCAGAAUUUAAAAGUCCAAAAUGGGGAGUAGUUUCGCUUGACCGUGGCCGAUCGGUGCUUCAGUCCUCGGAUAAGUACAUGUACACCGUGCUGAACAUAGAAGUGAUGCUAAUAAGACGUGCUAGUUUCGAGCAGGUGGCCAUCAUCGGACCAAUACUGAUUUUAGCGCUACUGAAUGUCUACAUUGUUUGGCUACGAUCGAGCAGCUUCGAAAGGAAAGUUUUGCUUGGACUGUCUACGUUCACUCACUUUAGCUAUCUCAAACAACUGGAAUGGGCACUACCGUACAAUCGUGAUACGCUUCCGAACUGCAUGAUCUUUUUGUUAUGCUCCACCGUGCUGAGUGUUGGGCUGCUGCUAUUGACAUUGCUCAACUGCUGGAUUCGAAUGCGACGAAACCGCGAGCUUACGAUGGGACCAUUUAUCGAUCGUAUUACUGGAUCAUUUUCCCAGAGUCGGGUAGCCGAGCUAUUACUGGCUGCAGACUAUCUGGAACUAAACUACACGGUGACACCAGAGGAGAAAGAUCACUUUUGGGCAAGGUUUGGAAAGUUGUUUGAUCGUGCGCUGGCUGUAGUGUGCUUGAUCGUUUAUGUUGUACUUUUAUGGCUCUUCAUACCCUUCAACCAUCAGUUGGAUCAAGUGUCUGGAGUGAAUUGUUUCAUAUCGGCAUAG